AUGGAAAGUAAUGAAUGAAACCUUAGCCCUUGAACUGGAGGUGGCGCGUUGUCCACAGUGAGCUCCCUCUUUCUCCACAGCUCAUCUGUGCUGGAGGAUCUGGUUUCGGACAGCUGUUAACGGAGGACCCAGCCGGCGUGGUGUACGGCUCAAAGCCCUUUUUCUGCCGCUCUUUAUGUAAGAGAAUUAUUGUUCUGAUAGCGAAGAGAAUGGAGCUGAAAAACCAAGUAAGAAUGAGAUGAUAAUGGCUCACUAAGAUACCUGUCAUGGGUGCAAUGCAAGAGGAGACAAAUGGAGAUGAGGAUGCAUCUCAACUGGACGCUGCCAGUGUCACGGAUGUGUCCGUGGAGGUGGCCACUGUGGAUCACACGCUGCAGAAGCUGCGCAGGAUCUACAGAAAAACUAGACGAAGGCCCAAGGGACUCCAAAGGCUGUGGGCUUAUCUGCUGAACGUCCCACACAUCGCUGUCAUCAUUGCAGCCGUGCUGUUUGUGGUGGUGGUGGUCAUAUGGUCCCUGCUGUGGGUCUUCAUAUUUCGCAGGGAAAGUAACAGUGGAGCAUACUUUGCUGGGAUGUUCCGUGUUGCCAAUGUGGAGUUUAUCCCAGAGUACCGUCAGGCAGAGUCCUAUGAGUUUGUAUCCAUGGCAAACAAAAUACAACACGUGGUGGGCAAUGUGUUCAAGAUGUCAUCGGUGUCAAGACUCUACAAGCAAGCUGUCAUUUCAGACCUCAGUCACAACAAUAAAGGGGGUGUGUUGGUGCAUUUCUGGAUGGUGUUUAUAGUUCCCCAGCUAAAGAGCACAGCAAUGUGUGAGGAGUGUAUAGAGGCCAUUCUCAGAGACUCUGUCCACACCAGCCUGAAGAACCGGUCCUCUGUGGGCUACCUGCUCGGCCUCCCGGUCGAUAUGGACUCCAUCCUCAUCAACGGUGUUCAGCGUUCAGAUUAUACGUCGAACACUGCAGAUUCACAGUGUGUGGAUAAGCUGUAUACCAACCUUCCUGGAGUCAGCGUCCCUUUAAACGUCUACUCGUCAUGGGGGGGUCUGAACUGCCACGUAAAGCUCACCGCCGUGCCUGGCUCUCUCAUCCGCCUGACCAUUGCCUCUUUUCUUAUUGAGGCCAGCGACUGUGUGAAUGAUGCCCUCACUGUGUAUGAUGCUCUGCUGCCCAUGAGAGGGCGCGUUCUGCACAGGCUGUGUGAACCGGUGUCCUCCUCCUUCUCCAUUGUUUCUACCUCCAAUGUCAUGUUGCUGUCCUUCAGCAUGACAAGUGGCAACAAGAACUUCAAAGGCCACUUUGAGGCCAUCGCUGAGGAAAUAUGUAAGUCUCAAAUUGAGACCCGGUUAGAGCCUGACAUCAGCAGUCAGAUCUACAGCCCCUUCUACCCCAGCCUGCUGCCGCCACAGUGCUCCUUUUGCACAACAUCCUGUACCUGGACAUUUCAGACCUCAAACCUAAAUUUAGGAGUUGCAUUACAGUUCCACAACUAUGCGCUGAAACCAAAGGAGAUGAAGGGCUGUGACAACGGCUGGUGGAGGAUCAAUGAGGUCAUCUUCUGCGGCAGCUACGUGGAACACCACACAGUGUUUCGGAUAGCCAACCACAACCUGGAGGUGGAGUUUCGCUGCAGCUCACGUCACUCUGCUCAGCCUUUUCUGGCCUCUUACAGCAGUUACAACAUCAGCCAGCCUUGUCCAGAGAGCCACUUCUUGUGCAGCACAGGGCUGUGUGUGGAGAAGAGUCGUCUGUGCGACGGCCUGGAUGACUGUCAGGACGAGAGUGACGAAGUUUUCUGCUCAAGGCCCACGAUGAACUGUGGUGGAACUAGUCCUCCACAUCCUUUGUAUGUGUGCAAUGGAGAGACAGACUGCAAAGAUGGAGCAGAUGAAAUCAACUGCACUCACGAAACAACCUGUUCUCCAAUCAGGUAUCAGUGCCGCAGCGGAUCCUGCAUCCUAAAGAAGAACGCAAAGUGUGAUGAUGUUCCCGAUUGUGAGGACCGUAGCGAUGAGGCCGACUGCACCUGCGGCCGUCCCUCCCCGCUCAAGAGGUCAGGCUCACCUAUUGAUCUCCAACGUGUUGUGGGCGGGGUUAACUCUGUGGAGGGGGAGUGGCCAUGGCAGGUCAGCCUGCACUUUGCUGGCAGCCUGUACUGCGGGGCCUCUGUCCUCUCGUCUGAUUGGCUCAUCUCAGCCGCUCACUGCUUCAGUAAAGAAAGACUUUCUGACCCCCGUUACUGGACGGCCCACCUCGGCAUGCUGACACAGGGCAAUUCCAAACACAUGGCAGAGAUCCAGCGGAUCGUUGUGCACAAGUACUACAAUGCUUACACGUUUGACUACGACAUUGCCCUGCUACAGCUCAAGAAGCCCUGGCCUCCCUCGCUCAGCCCACUGGUGCAGCCUGUGUGCCUCCCGCCCUCCUCCCACGUGGUCACUGAGAGCCACCGCUGCUUGGUCACAGGAUGGGGUUACAGAUCCGAGGAGGAUAAGGUGCUUCCCUCAGUGCUGCAGAAAGCUGAGGUGUCCAUAAUGAGUCAGACUGAGUGUAAAAAGCGUUACGGGCCCAUUUCUCCACGCAUGUUGUGUGCUGGGGUCCCCUCAGGAGAGCAGGAUGCCUGCAGGGGAGAUUCAGGGGGUCCUCUGUCCUGUCAGGCACCAGGUGGGGGUCGCUGGUUCCUUAUCGGGAUUGUCAGCUGGGGGUCUGGCUGUGGCAGACCCAACCUACCCGGAGUUUACACCAGGGUCAACAAGUUCACUUCCUGGAUCUACAGUCAUAUCAGCUAACAUCAUGAAGUUCAUUGUUGUGCUCAAUCCUAAU